UGACAGCUGCAUGGAUAAAACGGAACGCUUCUAUCAAAUUUCUAUAACCUCAAAGGUUCAUGCCUGUUGUGUUGUUGUGUUUUUGUAAAACAACGGUAACUAUUUAAUUUUAAACUAUACAUAAAUUCAACACGAUGGCGGAUGUCGAGGAAUACUUUCCUCGAGGAGGCAAAAAGCCGACUACCACGUAUUUUAAACAGAGCGAAAAUUUCCUAGGAGCUGCCGUGAAAGGUGAGAGAAAAAAGAAGAAGAUAAAGAAGAAGUCAGAUGAUGAUGAUGGUUAUCUGUCUGAUGAGGUGCACACAGAAGUCGAUCAUUCAAAUAAAAAUUGUGGAAUAUAUCUUAACUAUAAGGUAGUGAAAGAAGGAUUAUUACUGUUGGGUAGAGUCCGUCAAGUGUUGGAGACUAAAGUAAAUGUGGCACUACCUUGUCGCAUGAACGGCGUCGUCAUGGCGUGCCACGUCAGUGAAGCUUACAAUAAAAUACUUGAAGCUUAUGUUAAUGAUCAGAUAGAUACAGUUCGUGAGUUGCCACAAAUGUUCCGACCGGGGCAAUACGUAACUGUAAAGGUUUUGGAAGUCACUCAGACACACCUCAUGUUAACCAUGAUGCCACAGCAUGUCAACAGUGGGAGAUCACACGCUGAUCUACAUAAAGGCGCACUGCUACAAGCAGCAGUUACGUCGGUGGAAGACCAUGGCUAUGUGAUGGAUGUAGGCAUACCCAAUAUAAGGGCAUUUUUACCUAAGGACUCGGCUAAUCCUGAAAUAGAAUUGGACACUGGUAUGCUAACAUGGGUGACGGUCAAGACUGUGUCCCCAUCCCCAGAAAGUGGUGUAAUCAGUCUUUCCAGUGAACUAUCAGCAUUACAGAAGGCUGUACAACGUAAUAAGACCAAUGUUCUGUUCCCCGCUACUGCUGUGGAAUUCAUGGUUGAUAAGGCACUAGACAACGGUAUAGAAGGUCGUAUUUUGGACAAAACAGUGGCUUACAUACAGAGGAAUCACGUAGACACUGUCAAAGGGAAGAAGCCAGCACUAGGACAGAAGAUUAGAGCGAGACUGUUAUACGCUGUGCCGCCGAAGAAAAUACCAUUUCUAACAAUGAGGGGUAUAUUUGACACCACAUACCCGGACCUGGCCGAGGAACAGAAACUGCAAGAAGGUGACAUAGUCGAAGAGGCGAAAGUGCUAAAGAUUACGGGUCGCUCUGUCCACAUGAAGCUAGGUGAAGGCAGUAUAGGCAUCUUGAGUCUACGCAGAGUUGCCAUUCAUGAAGAACUCACUGAUGAACAGGUUUUGACGCAGUCAUAUCCAGUAGGCAGUGCCCACAAGGUCCGAGUCCUGUGCUACAACCUGGCGGACCACGUGUACUCGGUGAGCGACGCGGCCGCCGUGCUGGCCCAGCGGCCUUUCCGCCUCUCGGAGUUACGGGUGGGCGAGCGGGUGGCGGCCCGCCUGACGCUGGUGGCGGACGACCACCUGAAGGUGGUCGUGGGCAGAGUGGCCGGUUACGUACCCAAAAGCCACAUGACAGAUACGGGUGUUUUCGUCGAUCCGAAAAAAGCGACCGAUUCAAAACUUUCCAAGAAGAAGUUUAAGGUCGGACAAGAGGUAAACGGCCGCGUGCUAUUAGUAGACCUUGCGAAGCAGCAUCUGAUAAUCACCUUGAAGCCCUCACUGUUAGACUCGGACUUAGAGCUACUGACAAGCUACGAAGAUGCCGUCGUCGGGAAAGCGUACACUGGAGUAAUAGCGCAUAUCAAGGAUUACCUAUUGAUCUCCUUCUUCAACAAUGUUUUGGCAUACGUUCCGAAGCGAUUUGUUUCCGCCCAACCGCUCGAUAACUUGACUGAAGUGUUCCAUGUCGGCCAAAUUGUAAAAUGUACGAUCAUGUCAGUGAACCCUCAGACUAAGAAGAUGUGCGGCAGUCUCACUAAAGCGCCUUUCAUUCCCUCCAAUAAACCAAAGAAAGCUACAAAAAGGAAAGCAAAUGACGAAGAAACUAACUCUAAAAAACAAAAAUCAGGUAAAAAAGGAGAAACAGCGAAAUCCGAAGAAAGCACUAGUAACGAAAACGAGACAAUGGAUGCUGACGAAAGUCAAGCGAGUGGCGAGACAAAAAAGAAAAAGAGAAAAAAAGAUAAAAAGAAUGCAGAAGAAAAAGAUUUGGUUGAAGAAGAAGUUACUACCGAAGAAGUAGUUGAAAGUAAAAAACGUAAAAAGAAAACUAAAAGCAAAAUUGACACGAAUGAAGAUGACAAACAAACUACAAAUGACGAAAACACCGAUUCAGUAGUAAAUACCGAAAGUGACAAAAAGAAAAGUAAAAAGGACAAAAAACAAGCUAAAGCUGAUAAAAAAGAACAGGAAAAAUUAGUCUCAGAGGAAAGCGACGCUAUCGAAACAGACAUGCAAGACGAUUCUGAAGUGUUAACACCCCAAGAAUUAGGACUUAUAGAUUUAUCCGACUGCGUUACACGGAAAAACUACAAAAAGCGGGUAGUGUCUUUAAUCAAAUGUAUAAACGCCAGAACGAAACGCUUAGAUAGAGUUGAAGAGAAGGUUGCCAAAAUCGAAUCUAAAGGACUUAACGCAAAAAACAAGAAAUACCACACAGCAAUGAACUUAGAAAAACUUGUAAUGGAAGAACGUAUAAAGAAACUGGCUGACGCACUUAAAUUAGCACAAGAUAAGCUAAAGGAUUUCGAUUUGAAAGCAAAUCCAGAUUACAAGAAGAAGAAGCUUGAAAAAAUUGCCGCGAAUAAGACCAAUGAACAGAUAAAUGAAAAGAAGGCAAAGGAAAAUGAAGUUGUAAAAGAAAAAGCGAGUGCUUUGAAGGUAAAAGUUGUGGAAGAUUUGAAGCCGGUGGUCGAAGUGCCGAGUGCGAAGGAGUUCUGGUCGAUGACACCUGAAACUGUUAAUGAAACGAAGGAUGAGGAAUCGAGUAGUAGCGAAGAUGAGGAGCAAGAAAAACCUAAAAAGAAACGCAAAAAGCUAACGUUAGCUGAAAAGACGGCUAAAGCGAGGGAGGAAGAAGAGAGGAUACGAGAGUUAGAGAAGAGAGCGAUCGAGAGCGAGAACGCGCCUCGAUCGAGCGAUCAGUUCGAGAGGGCCUUGUUAGCCGAACCGAACUGCAGCCAGUUGUGGAUUGCGUACAUGGCGUUCCACUUGCAGGCGACGGAAAUCGAGAAAGCUCGAGCGGUAGGGCGUAAAGCUCUCAACACGAUCAACUUCCGGGAGGAGCAUGAGAAACUCAAUGUUUGGCUAGCGCUGCUCAACCUUGAGCACAGGUUUGGCACAAAGGAAAGUCAACAAAAGACCCUCGAAGAUGCGCUCCAAAUGAACGACACCUUCCAAAUCCAUUCGAAACUUCUGGACAUACUCCUCGAGACAAGCAAGCAGCAGGAAGUACUUCCUGUUGUGGAUCUCAUGGUCCGGAAAUAUAGGGGGCGACCGGAAGUGUACAGCGUGUGUGGAGCGGCGUGCUACAAGGCAGGGCUGGUGGAGAAGGCGAGGCAGGUCAUGCAGAAGGGUGUUGCGGCGUUGGAGAAGAAGGAACACGUGUCCCUGCUGGUCCGCUUCGCCCAGCUGGAACGCGCGCACGGGGAGCGGGAGCGCUGCGAGGCGCUGUUCGAGCAGGUGCUGGCCGUGUACCCGCAGCGCGUGGACGUCGCGGCCGCCUACCUCGACAGCUUGCGGGCCGCUGCGGACGUGCAGCGGGUCAGGCAAGUAAUGGAACGUAUGACGUCACAAAAGUUGCCAGCUAGGAAAAUGAAAGUUCUCUACAAGAAGUGGAUAGAAGUAGAAGAGAAGAUCGGUGACGAAGAACACGUUGAGAGCGUGCGAAAACGCGCGCUCGAGUUUAUUAAUAAUGCUAAGUUUUAAAUAAAUUAUUGUAAUAUAUGUGAUAAUUAUUUUA